AUAAAUCGUAAAUACCUACAGAAUCUCUCUCUCUCUCUCUCUCGCAAACACGCACACACGCACCAGAAGACUUGUUGGAGAUACCUGAGAAUGGCGAAGGUGAGAUGCCAGAGGAUCGGAUGCGACGCAAUGUUCUCCGAAGACGACAAUCCAGACGGUUCCUGUACUUAUCACGAUGCUGGUCCAAUAUUUCACGAUGGGAUGAAAGAAUGGAGCUGUUGCAAGAAAAGGAGUCAUGAUUUCAGUUUGUUUUUGGAAAUUCCUGGGUGCAAGACAGGAAAACACACAACUGAGAAGCCAGUGCUUGCAAAGGCAGCUGCAGCUCCAAAGCUACCAGUUUCGGCUCCAACUACCACCACCAAUUUGUCGUCAAAAGAUACUUGUUCACGGUGUCGCCAAGGGUUUUUCUGCUCUGACCAUGGCUCACAAGCCAGGGAAUUGAAUCCAAAAACCUCCAACGCUUCAGGAGAUGCACUUGGUGGUUUGCAAGCUGCCCAGCCACCUCCAGCAAAGAAGAUAAUUGACAUAAACCACCCUCAAAUUUGUAAAAAUAAGGGAUGCGGUAGAACUUUUAAAGAGAGGGACAAUCAUGAUACAGCUUGCAGUUACCAUCCUGGCCCAGCCGUUUUCCAUGACAGAAUGAGAGGGCAUAGGGUAAUGUCUUCUUGCUCAUUGAUGGUGUGCAGUGGAAAUGUUGCGACAUUCAUGUUAAAGAAUUUGAUGAAUUCAUGAGUAUACCCCCGUGCGCAAAGGGAUGGCACAAUGCUGAUCCUCUGCCAUAAUGAGAGCAUGACCUCCAAAGGUUUCUUUUCUUCCUCUAAUAUAACUAAAAACAUGGAACAUUUUACUGCUGAGUUCGAUCAUCAUCUUUGGCAAGGGUUGAGAAUGUAGAACUCAAGGCUCUUGUUGUACACCCAUUGACCUCAAUCACUUUCUACAGUGUUCAACCAUGCUUUAUUUACAUGUUCAGCAUAAUGAAUCUCACACUAAGUCGUGUGUGUGUGUUCAUUUCUGUAUAGGAUGAACAAUCAUCAUCGUAGUUUAGUUUAAAGCACUGUGCCUAGUAUUGAGGUCC